UGAAAGUCACGAUCGGGAACUAUUUCCGUAGAGUGCUCGCGUUGAAAAUCGUUAUCAAAAAGAAAUUUUCGACAUCUCGUUACUGAUAUUCACAAUUUAAUAUUAAUUGCCAUUUUUUUAAGCUAAUUUGAUUUCGUUAAAAAUUUUGAUCUCUCUUUUGACGUUCAAAUAACACAUAGAGUGACUCAAAUACGAUUGGAUGACGAGAUAUAAACAGGCUGAAUUUGAAGAUGAAGACAGUAGCAGCAUCGGCUCCGUCGCUUUAAACAGCGAAGGCAUCAGUACAUCCGCUACACACAUAAGAUAUCAUACGGGUACAACGAUGUGGAAGGCGAGAACUACUUUGGAGAGAUGCCUUCUCAUAAUUUGCGCUGCUUUAUCACUGACGAUCAUAGUAUUCACCAUCGUGAUUAGCAGCAAAAACGGUUGGGAUGAGGCACAGAUUCUUCAUGUCACUUCUCACGGAGAAGAUGGUGCACAUUGCCUCACAGAACACUGUGUCACGGUGGCAGCGUCCAUAAUUAAUAGUAUAGAUUAUUCCGUCGAUCCUUGUGAAGAUUUCUACGAAUAUGCUUGCGGAGGUUGGAGGAAGAAAAAUCCUAUUCCGGAUGGGAAAAGUGUUUGGGGCACAUUCGGCAAGCUGGACCAGGAUAAUCAACUGGUCGUCAAGAAUGUUCUCGAAAAACCAUUCAGCGAGAUGAAGUCGAAGGCUGAGAAGAAAGCGAAAUAUUAUUAUCUAUCUUGCAUGGAUGCGAAUGAAACUAUCGAGACGCUCGGAGCUAAGCCGAUGCUGGAACUGUUGGAAAAUAUCGGCGGUUGGAACAUCUCUGGCAAAUUCAACGUAAGCGCGUGGUCGCUACAAAAUAGCAUGCAUGUCCUACAAAAUGUUUACAAUAUGGGUGGAUUGUUCUCCUGGGCCGUGAACGAGGACGAUCGAAAUAGUACUAGACACAUAAUCCAGAUUGAUCAAGGAGGUUUAACGCUACCGACUGCAGACAAUUAUCUCAACGUAACCGAGCAUGGCAAGGUUCUAGCUGCCUACCUGGACUACAUGACAAAGAUCGGCGUGCUCUUAGGUGGCGAGGAGAACUCCACGAAGAAACAGAUGCAGGCUAUAAUCGAUUUCGAGACGAAGCUUGCGAGGAUUACUAUACCGCCCGAGGAACGCAGGGACGAGGAGAAGCUCUACAAUCUGAUGUCAUUGAACGAAUUGCAACGUAAAGCACCCUUCAUGUCGUGGGUGGAUUACUUUCAAAAUGCUACGCGUCUUGUGAAUAAGAAGAUCAACAGUAAAGCGAUGAUCGUAAAUUUUGCACCGGAUUACUUUGUGAAAUUGACGAAACUCGUGAAUGAUUAUAACAGCACAACUGAUGGGAAAAUAAUACUGAAUAACUAUCUGGUUUGGCAGACCGUGAGGUCCUUGACGGCGUGCCUAUCAAAGCCGUUCCGUGAAGCUUACAAAGGUUUGCGGAAAGCUUUGCUUGGCUCGGAAGGCCACGAGGAACAGUGGCGUUAUUGUGUUAGCGAUGUUAAUAACGCCAUGGGUUUCGCUAUUGGCGCAAUGUUCGUCAGAGAGGUUUUCCAUGGCAAGAGUAAACCCAUGGCAGAAGAAAUGAUCAAUCAAGUUCGCAAGGCGUUCACGAAAAAUCUAAAGAAUCUAGAUUGGAUGGACGCGGAGACGAGGAAGGCCGCAGAAGAGAAGGCGAAUGCUAUUACUGACAUGAUCGGCUUUCCAGACUUCAUUUUACAACCGAGCGAACUCGAUGAGCGUUAUAGAGAUCUGGCGAUUAAACAGAACGAAUACUUUCAAAAUAAUUUGCGCGUGAAUAAGUACAACUUGCGUAAGAAUCUUGAGAAGCUCGAUCAGGUGGUGAAUAAGACCACUUGGAUAAUGACGCCGCCGACUGUGAACGCUUAUUAUACGCCUACCAAGAAUCAAAUCGUCUUCCCUGCCGGCAUUCUUCAGGGUCCGUUUUACGAUAUAGAGAACUCGAAUAGUUUGAACUUUGGCGGCAUAGGAGUAGUUAUGGGACACGAAUUAACGCACGCUUUUGAUGAUCAAGGUCGAGAAUACGAUUUACAUGGAAAUUUGCAUCAGUGGUGGAACAACGCUACGAUAGAGCGAUUUAAAAAUAGAACAGAAUGUUUUGUGGAACAGUAUGAUCAGUAUCAAGUACAAGGUCGAAAUGUAAAUGGCCGACAGACUUUGGGAGAGAAUAUCGCCGAUAAUGGGGGCCUUAAGGCAGCGUAUCACGCUUAUCUCUCGAUGCCUAAAAGCUACAAGGAUCAACUGCCGUUACCCGGUCUCAACCUGACACAUCGUCAACUAUUCUUCCUGAAUUUUGCACAGGUUUGGUGCUCCGCUAUAACGACCGAGGCAAUGACUCUUCAGAUCGAGAAGGAUUCUCACAGUCCGCCGAGGUACAGGGUGAUAGGACCACUUUCGAACCUGCCAGAAUUCGCGAUGGAAUUCAACUGCCCUAAGGAUUCGAAGAUGAACCCAGUUUAUAAGUGCGAAGUGUGGUAAUGCCUCGUAUUUUUUUCAGACUGAUUCAUUGAGAAAUCAAGUUCGGCCGAGCUUGAUUUCUAGCAUCAUAGCAGUGUGGGACCGUCACAGCUUCUACGUGCCGUUGCGUAAUGAGGGGGGAUACAUACACGUCGCAAAACACGAAACCUGCUACGACUGUGCGUUUUUCUUUACAUAUCACUGCAUAUCAUAUGUGAGGACAGCCGCUUAAAUUUAAAGAUAGGUUUUUUUUUUAACGUGCAUGAUUUAAUGUGUUGCCACAAUUAUUUUUAAACAUGCACGAGUAUUAUCAAAAAACUGUCGAACAUCUCCUGAUUGCAGAUUCUUUGCCUAAUUUUUUUAAAAAUUAUUUUUUUUAUCAUUUUCUUUAACAUUGUACUUAAAGACUAAGUAAACAUUUGUGACGUGAAUGUAGUUCGAGAGUAAAUUUUGUUUAUUAUUUCAUCUGUCACUGUUUCUAAAUAUUUGAAUCUUGAAAAAUUAAAAAGAAUUUUGCAUUAUUUCCCUCACACAGACGAGUCAAAGCUUGUAUGUAAACUGAUUAGAUUGCGCGAAAUAUAUUACACAUAUUUUUAAAAUUCUCUCAAUUAAUACUUUUUGUUAGAAAUCUGAAUCAUUUUCUUAAAUGACACUAUUUGCAACGCGCUUCAAGCGGAUCGAUAUUUUUUCGUAAUCACAAAACAACACAAAAACGAGAUAAUUUUUAUACCGUUUUGAAAGAGAAACCUGAAUUUCAUUGACAAGAAUUAAUUUGUCAGACACUGACCAAAGAAGUACGUGCUCAGAAAUGAUCAGGGAGUUUUCUGUUUAUCGAAAGAACACACAGAUACACAUACACACCAGAAUCAUUACAUGUAUUGUUCUUAACAUCGAGGUAUAUUGCGCGCGAGCGCGAUCAGCACCGCUUCUUUUAGCUAUAAUUUAUUGAGAUUAUCGAAAGCUCUUAAAAUCAACUAACGAAGAACGUAAAAAUAUUUUCAACAUACAGUACACACUGUCGUUUUUCACUUUUAUACAUGGAAUAUCAGUAUUAUAAUCAUCAAUGGCUAAAAGCAUUAAAGAUAUAAAUAAUAGAUAAAAUAAUUGGAUAUUUGUUUAAAUUAAAAGAUAACUAUUAUGGAAAAAUUGUAAGAUUAUAAUCUUGAUAAUAAGAGAUAACUCUAAUUAAUAAUUUUCAAACAUAUUUUAAUUUAUUUUUGCAUUCUAUUUAAUUUUUAUGCAUAUAAAUUCAAUCAGCUGGAAUGCCUAAAUGUUUUACCGAUGCAAGCAGUAUUCUUUACAAUGCGUUAACUAGUCUACAAAAUAAUUUAUAAUUUACAGACGUUAAAAAAUAAGUAUUGUCUACAGGUAAAAUAGUAAAAAAAAAUCUUGCGUGAUUCAAUUAAAUUUUUUUACUACAAAAUUUUAUAAUCAUUAAUUUUUUUAAUGUUAACAUAAUAUUACAAAAUAUAAACAUUAUUUUGCUUUCGAUGAUCUCGGCAAGCCGUAGCUGAAAGACGGCUGUGUACCGUAACAUUUGCAGUCAAGAUCUAUUAAUUUUAUAUAUAUAGGCUUAAGAAGUUUAUUUUAUAAAAAAAAAAAAUACUUAUGGAUGGCAUUCUGACGAGAUUAGCGCGCGUAGGCGGAAUUUAGUCGUCGAGAUCGCGGUAACGCGACACGCGCGCGAGACGACACUAUCGCUGAUGUCAAGAAAAUAUUUUUAAUUGUGCUUAAUUGUAUAUAUUUUUUUGUGGCAUCCAGCGCAUAUUUGAUAUUCGAACGAAUUAGAGGUUUUUGACUUUUCCAUCUAGCGAGAAAAAUGUCUCCGCUAAAAAGAACUGAUUUAUUUUGUGAAAUAGCGAAUACCAAAUUUUUAAAAACUUUUUCUUUCUCGGAAAAAGAAAAGUGGGGGGGAAGAGAGAGCAUUUGGAAUCUAAAGAGAAAAAAUUUAUAAAUUUAUAAAUUUUUACAUAUGAUUUUUGACUGCAAAGAAGAUUAGGUAUUAUAUUUUGCAAAGAAUAAUCGUUUCUGUUUAAAUAUUGUACAAAGUUUUUUUUAUAUAGAGAUAUAAGUACUGUACUUGAUAGUAAAAAUGCAAAAUGUUGUUUGACUCUCAUGCUUACAUAGGAUUGCCAAAACAUAAUUUUAUAUAUAUUUUUUUCUUGAACUUCUCUUUUCACAAAAGUUAUAUUAAUAUAUUGAAUAAUUACAUGCGGGAGAGCUUAUAACAUAUAACAUUUUAUUGAUAAAAGCUAAAAAGAGUUUGUAAAUAAUGCAAUCUUGAAAUUGAUAAGGCUUGUGUAUAUCUAUCAAUAAAAUGACAUAGAUUUUUUUUUUUAAUGCUUAUUAACAUUAAUUUUAGCCUUCUAAUUAGUAAGAAACUAAACUUCAUCGUAAUCGGUCUGCAACGAUUAAAACAUAAAGCUACAAAAAUGUUACAGUUGUAAUCUUCUCUUGCUAAACGAGAGCAUGAAGUCAAUAGCAAACAUAUCUUGAAAUAUUAUAGACAAUAUGGGAAUUAUUGCCAAUUUAGUUAUUUCUUCUGCGAUAUAAAAACCAUGUGAAAAAUUUUGCGUUGCGUACUUUUGAAUAGAAAACAGGCUUUAAGAGAUUAACACAUAUUAAUAUAAAUAAAUUUAAUAAAAAUAAAAACUUGCGAUACAUACGAUACAUGAUAUGAUCCUUUCAAGAACCAAACUGUUCAACUUUACUUUUUUGCUAAACAAAAUUUUUAAAGAAAUUUAUACAUAACGAAGUUGAUCAGCGUAAUUUCCGAAAAUUCAUAUUGCAAAAAAUGGAUAUGAAGGAAUUAAUAAGUUAUUUUCUGUGAGAUUUAUAUUUAUUUUCUACAGAAAUAUUAUAUUUAAAUUUUUUUAUAAGAAAAUUUUAUUUGGCUUAUGUAUUUUAUGUUGCUGCAUCAUUUUGAUAAAAGAUUCUAACAGAGUUUUGUUCAAGUCAAUAAUAAUUAUAAAAUUAUUAAAAAAUAUAUAAACUAUUAAUAAUUCUCAUGGCACAGAAUGUUAUUGUUCUUUCUGCAUCUUGUGACGUAUGUAUCAUAAGUUUUAUUUUUAUUUUACUUUAAAUUUUUUUAGUUAUCACGAAAAUCAUUAAUUGCGCUGUAAGAAUAACAAUAUUGCAGUUUGAGUGCAGUUGCAUAUUUCAAAAGAGACACUAAUCAAAAUUUUCCUUUUCAAUCAUUUAAAAGAAAAUAGAAAAAACUACACAUUCAUCCAUAUGUAGUCUUUUCUUAUAGAAGAAAGAGAGCAAAAAAUAUUAUAGAUAAUGAAAAACAUCAUUGUACAUUACGUAAGACACACUUAUUACUGACGCACGUAGUAAAUUUAUUUACGAUUUUAGGUUCGUAAUGAGAAUGGUAUGAAAGGACGAAAAAACUACCGAUAAUUAGAUAAUUACGCUUAACUUUUUUUAGAUUAUACUGCUGAACACCGAAGAAGUACGUUAUUCUCGCGAGAGUUAUUGUAACAAUAACUCUAAAAAAACCCAUUAAUCUUGACAUAUUUUGACAAAAUGAUUAAUUAUGCAUUAUGAAGUCAUAAUUAUUACAUAAUUUCUUCAUUUUUUGUACAUUGUUGUACAUUUUUGUUCGAACAAAUAAAUAAAGAAUUUAGUUGUUGGGCUUUCGAAAAUAUCUCUUCUAGGACAAAAAAUAAUCAAAUAUUAAUGUGCAUUUUUAUGCCCGAGAGAAUACGAUAUCUCACAAGAUAAAAUUAUACGAUCCUAUUGGGGAUAUAUCUAGGAUUAAAUCUAGGAUCCCUGUGUUAGGGAUAAAAACUCGUCAGAUUUGAAAAAUCGACAAGGUAUGUAUAAUGCGGAAAUGGGAAAAUUUUAGAAAAUUAUGGGAUGUUCUAUUCCGCGCAUCUUAUUCCUCGCCGGAAUCGCUCCAUUUCUCUCUCAUUUCCGUAUCCCCUUUAAAAAGUCAACGUGGCGAAAUACCACGUAAGAAGAAGCCAAAUUUUCUCUAAUUACAGCGUAAGAUCCAUAUAGGCCUUAAAUAUUUGACGCCGAUGCAUCAUGCAUUUGUAAAUGUUCGUUGUUUAUAAUAAUUGUGAAUAACGAUUGUAACAAUGAGAGAAGUAUGUAUCGUCUUUGCGAUUACAUUGUUGCGUGUUGUGUUCGAAGAUAUUAUACGUAUAUAUGGUUUUGUGUAACACAGAAAGCGCAUCGUUCAAUGACAAUGUUCGCGCCAUGAUUAUUUUUCUGUAUUGUACAUUAUGUACUAUAUAUAUAUGCUUAUAUUAUUAAAUCAAAAUUAAAGAAAUAGAAAAAUUUUUUGCGCUUA